GUUACCCUCCAGUAAAUUGGACCAUUCCAGACAAUUUAAGAUGGCGUCGACAGGUAGUUGUAGAAAGCAGUACUCGUCGCAGCUCUCCAAAAUGAAGCUUUUGCUCGUCCUUCUAGUUUUCUGUACCUCUUCCAGUCAUGGUUUCUCAGUCGAGAGGAUACAGAGACAGAGGAAUGAAACGCUUACCGUCGGAGAGAUCGCGUUUCGGGAGUGGACAGACAAGAAGUGUAUGUUCCCUACUCCAGAAUUCCAGAAAGUUUUUCUGGACGCAUGUGACAGUGUGUACGAGGUAGACACAGAGAUGUCGCCUAUCACGCCGAUCUGUGAACUUUUCCACGAACAAAGCAUGUCUCUCUGUAACGAACCUGUUCAACUCCAGCUGGGAGCGUCAACAAGUGAGGACUUGUGUCACAGUUUCAGUGAACUGCGUGACGAAAUCGCCAAAGAACGAACGAAAUAUCUAGGACUGUUCCUGUUGUCAGACAAUGAGGACAUGUGUAAGAGAGUCUGUGAUGAGGAGCACCUCCUCGUGUGUGAUGGUGUCUUCCAGCUGCUCCAGAACAGAGACAUCCAUAUUGUUGCAGAAAAUGUCCACCAAAGCAGGAACCUGUUUGCUGACACAGAGGCAGAAGAGGCCGAGGCGGGCCAUGGACCUCAGGAGGACCCUGAAGCAGACAACCCCCAGCAGGGAGAGGCAGGAGGUAGCCUGCCCCAGGAGGAGACGGUACAAGGUGAUGAGACAGGAGGUAACCUGCCCCAGGAGGAGACAGGAGAGGCGCUCCAGAAGGAUGAGGUGGCAGAAGAUGCUGAAACAGGUGGAAGUCCUCAGCAGGACCAGACAGGUGGGGAUGUUCCACAGGAAGAGACUGUACAAGAAACGGAGAAGGACGUAGACAACCCCGGACAGGAAGGUAAAGAAACAAGCCUGUUUGAGAAUGCUGAAGCAGACAAGGACCCUGAUGAUGCUACAGAGAAUAAGGAACUCACAGCUAAUCAGGAAGAGGGUGAAAAUGCUGCAGAGACAAAGGAUGAUGAUGCAAAAGGUGAAGAGUUGACUGGUGAUGGAGGUCCAGGUGGGAUUGAAGAAGUGCAGUCUGUAGACAAGCGAGGACCUGACCCAGAAGAUGGCAAGCCCAUUGAAGAAACUAGACUUGGAGAAGGGGCUGUCGCAGGUCAGGAAACAGCAGGACAACCAAUUGGGGAGGGUGACAAAGCUGGACCUGGAGAAGAGACUGCCAUUGGUCAGGAAACAGCAGGACAACCAAUUGGGGAGGGUGACAAAACUGGCCUUGGAGAAGAGACUGCCAUUGGUCAGGAAACUGCAGGACAACCUAUUGGGGAGGGUGACAAAACUGGCCUUGGAGAAGAGACUGUCAUUGGUCAGGAAACAGUAGGACAACCUAUUGGGGAGGGUGACAAAACUGGACCUGGAGAAGAGACUGCCAUUGGUCAGGAAACAGGAGGACAACCUAUUGGGGAGGGUGACAAAACAGGACCUGGUGAAGGAGCUGCCAUUGGUCAGGAAACAGCAGGACAACCUAUUGGGGAGGGUGACAAAACUGGACCUGGAGAAGAGACUGCCAUUGGUCAGGAAACAGGAGGACAACCUAUUGGGGAGAGUGACAAAACUGGACCUGGAGAAGAGACUGUCAUUGGUCAGGAAACAGUAGGACAACCAAUUGGGGAGGGUGACAAAACUGGACCUGGAGAAGGGGCUGCCAUUGGUCAGGAAACAGCAGGACAACCAAUUGGGGAGGGUGACAAAACUGGACCUGGAGAAGAGACUGCCAUUGGUCAGGAAACAGGAGGACAACCAAUUGGGGAGGGUGACAAAACUGGACCUGGAGAAGAGACUGCCAUUGGUCAGGAAACAGCAGGACAACAACCAAUUGGGGAGGGUGACAAAACAGGACUUGGAGAAGGGCCUGCCAUUGGUCAGGAAACAGCAGGACAGCCUAUUGGGGAGGGUGACAAAACUGGACCUGGAGAAGAGACUGCCAUUGGUCAGGAAACAGCAGGACAACCUAUUGGGGAGGGUGACAAAACUGGACCUGGAGAAGAGACUGCCAUUGGUCAGGAAACAGUAGGACAACCAAUUGGGGAGGGUGACAAAACUGGACCUGGAGAAGAGACUGUCAUUGGUCAGGAAACAGUAGGACAACCAAUUGGAGAGGGUGACAAAACUGGACCUGGAGAAGAGACUGCCAUUGGUCAGGAAACAGUAGGACAACCAAUUGGGGAGGGUGACAAAACUGGACUUGGAGAAGGGAUUGCCAUUGGUCAGGAAACAGGAGGACAAGAAGACACUGGUCCAGAAAACCAGCUACUGCCCCCCAACUUUGAAGAGGGAGAAGAAGAAGAGGCGGGAGUAGACAUUGAGGAGGAGGAAGAAGAAGAAGAUGAUGAUGAUGAGGAGGAUACGUACCCUGACGAGCCUCGUGAUGAGGAAGAAGAAAUGGUUAAUGAAGGAGAUUUGAAUGAGGAUAGGGAAGAGGGUGAGUACGAUGGUGAUGUGUAUGGCAAUGAGGAUGACGAAGAUGACGAUUACGACAACGGGCACAUCAUUACAAACCAUGAUUACAACGAUGAUGGAGAGGAUGACGAAUCUUUUAUUAAACAUGAUGAUGGUGAUACCAUUGCAGGUGGUGGGGGUGACUGGGCCGGAGAAGGUGGCCACCCCCAUGGAAAUGAUCAGGCCCAACUGACAGAAGACCUCGGUGCUCAAGCUAAUAUCUACGACUUAGACGACGAGCCAAAACAAGGACACUUCAUGGCAUACUUUGUGACCUUCUGUGUACUCAUUGUACUAGGAUAUGUCACCUACCACAAUAGACAAAAGAUCAUAGCCAUCAUCAUAGAAGGUCGGGCAGGUUUACGGGACAGGAAAAGCCGGCGGCCCAGCGGCGGGGGAUAUCGGAGGCUGGACCAGAAUGUGAGUGAAGCUAUGCCAAGCAUAAAGAACGCUGUUUUCUAGGGAGAAAAGUAACACCUGUGGGCAUGUGUAAGGGGUUAAGGUGGCACAUGCAAGCUUCAAGACAGACAAGCAGAAAGAUUUACAUAUCAGAGCAUGGCAUAGCUGUUACCUGCGAAUGAUACUACCUUAUAAUUUCAUGUAUAUAUGAUUGUGCAUAUUUGAGUAACCGUCAGCAUUUGUUGUAGACAAAAGAAACAAUAUCAGCCCAAUGUUAUCUCAUGUAGUUGUUAUCAUAAGGUAUUUUUGUAUCAGAUUGAAUGUACAUCCUUGCAUCUUUUAUGGUGUGGUGGUGGUGGUAGCUACUGUGUUCUGACAGCUCACAAGGGGAACAACUAUUUCUGCUUCCGUUUAACAGGUGCCAGUGCAGCCGCACAAGCAUUCACUCUGAUAAUUACUGUACAGUCCCUGUAGUGUGACCAGAGAAAACAUACUUCCGUGACUCUGUUCAAGAUACAAGGAAAUGUUCAUGGACAAAAUUUUAUACACAAAGUUAAAGAAAAUGAACCUUUUUUUUCUCUUAGAAAUAAAUAUAAAAAGAAAGCAUGUUGUUGGUAAGGGUGUGUGGUAGUAUUUUAUGUUAAUCUAGCUUCAAUUUGUUGUUGUUGAGAUUAUGUAAAGUGGAAAUGGUCAAAAGCAGGGUGUUUAUAAUGCUAUUGUAUGUAUGUAUGUAUAGUGGGGGGCUGAAUUGUUGAGAGUAUUUAAGCCCAUAAGAAUAUUGCAGAUCUCCGACAAAACCUUGAUGUUACUUGUACCUAGCCUGUUGUAUGAAGUUGUAUGUUUUGCUUUGGGAGAAUUUUGCUUUAAGUUACUUAGUGUUUAAAAGAGUGUGCUUUGUGUGAACUGUCACAAAAUGCAACACAAUUGUAACGGUUAUUGUUACUGUUAGUUUAGUGUUUUUAGAAAGAUGCACAAAAUUCUCAUUUUUCUUCCUUACAUUUAUCUUAAUACCAUUGGAAGCUAAUGAAAGAAUAGGUUCUUAACAGAACUAAGGAUGGAGAUUACAGUACUUAUGUUGUUUAAUGGAAAAUCAUGCUAGAAUCAUUGGACCUAAACUUGCCAUGUUUUACAUGUAAGUCCAUGUUGAUUCAGUAAUAAUUUUGAAUGAAAUCCGCAUGUCAGUUUUUGUCCCUUUCCAAGAAAAAAAGUUUUCAACCAAACUGUAAAUCAUACGAAGCAGCUGUAGAAUUAGCGCAUAUAUGCAGUAAACAAAUUGAAUGUUAUUGAAUGUCAAAGUGAAUUCUAAACUCUAAGAAGAAGAAUUGUGAAAGAACAAAAAUGAAGAAUCUAUUGUUCAGUAUACUGGAAUACUCUGUGUGUUUCAACCUUCUGACCAAUUUUGUAACUUUUUUUGCCUAUUUUAUUUCACUCUCUGGCACAUCAGUUUGGGGGUUCCCAGAGGAUAUCAUCCAUAUAAUGGAAUCAACAUGGCCUGAAACAUGCUUUUUGACCACCAUAACCCAUAGAUAUGUACCAUAUUACACUUGAGUGUAUGCUGACAAAAAGGCUAUGGCUGCAAUUACUAUUUGUCGAACUUUGCCUCUGCAAUAUGCUAUCGGUUGUAAAUUAUCUCGUCGUAGCAAAGUUACUUUGGUCUGUAAUUUAUUAUAUCAGUAUCAUAUCAAGCAUGUAUGUUAGUAAGGCCACAGCAAGUAAAUUUUAUAGAUGAUGUCAGAGCUUGCCUUGAUUUUUUCCACAUUAGAAAAAGACAUUUUGUUACCCUCCGGAGAUGGUUAGCAUGACAGUCAAGAAAAUAUUGAAAAUGGGAAAAUAUGUCGUUUGGUAGCCACCUUUGUGUUUAUAUAAGCGACACUGGUGUGGUGUGUAGCUGCCAGUGAAACACUGAAUACAUUUGUCACUUCAAUUCUUGGCAGAAUGUUUAUGGUCUUUAUUUUCACAAAUGUAGGUAUCUUGUUUUUUUACCAUCUAUUUUUUCCCUCUCGCAUUAGAUUUGGAGUUUGCAGAGGUUGUCAUCCCUAGACUUUACUUGCUGUGGCCUAAGUCCUUAGUGCCUUUGCGUAUCUUAUGUUAGCACUUGUUUGUUAGAAACUAGGUUUAGAAUCCAUAAAAAAAGUUAAACUUUGAUUUCAGUUGUUUGAUGACAAAGGUGUAGAACAAUGUGGAAUGUAAUAAUGUGAUUGACUUUUCUGUGAUUACCAGUAAUAAUAAUGAUAAUAGAAAAAUAGUGCCUUACUCUCAUAUGUGUGUACACAUGCAAAAUGUGUUUGGUGGUUAAGUCUAGUACAUGUACACAGUACAUGUGAAUGUUGUAAAGGAUGUAGUUGAGGCUUUUGUUUUUUUACUGGAAAUGAGCUAAUAACUGUUGUUUCCUAAAUGUUUCUUGGGUAACUUCCAUCUUGUACAUGAAUAAAAGAUAGUUAUUCUAUCAUAUUUGAAGUGACCCACAGGGCUCCUUACUAGUGUAGAUAUAGUUUAGAAGAAAAGCCCUUCAAGAAUUGAUAACAAUUGUAAGAGAUUCGCUUGAUGCAUUCAAUGGUUUAUUUUAAUGUUUUACUAUUAAAACGCAAUAUUGGGAUUUUCCUUACUUUUGGUGAAGAGCUGUAAUCUUGUUUAUCCUAGAAAGAUGGUUAUGUUUUUCAUAAUGUAGUUGACCUAUAUGUGGUGGCACUAUUGAAGUUACAGGUACUUCAACUGAAUACACCUCAUGCAAGGUUUAACUUUGUUGGUUUUAUUGCCUGAAUGGUUCCACUAUUGCCAAUGUAUGACAUUGUAUGUAGAAUAUUCUGGGGUUAAAGAAUAUACUGAUGACACUGAUGAA